UAUGAGAGCGAAUACAAAAUUAGGUUGUAGAUGAUAUUUGUAACAAGUUAAAACUCAAACGAUUAAUUAAUUUAAUUUGGAGAUUGAAUGUUUCUAGAAGAUCAUAUCUACUGUUCUAAUGCCUACAUAUGCCAUUAGAUAUAUGUAUGUAAUAUGGAAUGUGAUUUUUGGUUUAGAUUACAAGCUUUCGUGAUUUCCAUUCCAGCUGUAAGUAGUUAACAUUCACAAUGAAUAGGAGCAGUAAAGCUUGGGUUACGAACAUGUGCCAGAAGUUAGAAGAUAUACGUACGGAUAUUGAUAAACUUGUAUGCAAGGAACCCGUUUCAUUUGUGGGGAAACAAAUGGAAACUGUAGGGAAACAAAUGGAAACUGUGGGGAACCAAAUGGAAACUGUCGGUGCGAACGUGAAGAACUUUUUCUCUGGUAUUGUGGAUGAGUUUGGUCUUACUCGCGUGGUGGAACCUGGACAUGUAGCAAAAGUAAUACCUUCAAAAGGUAUUAAUUUGGCUGAAACUUCUACAAAUUCAGUUGCCGAAGUCAAAGACACUACUGUUGAUAGUAACACAAAUAACCCGAAAGAAGCUCCUUUGACUCAUGAAGAGUUAUGUCACAAACCAUCAUCUACUGGUUUGCCCCAUUCAGAGCAAAUCAUCUCUGAAAUCAGUCAACAUCUUAAUGGUGAACCGGACAGUCUACCAAUAAACGAGACUUCGGAUAACGGCACUCAAGUUAAUCUAGACUCUUCUUCUACCAAUAGUCAAAAUCCUGAAAACAGAUUUGAAGAGGAAGUAGUUUAUGAUGAAAGUUCACAUAGUGAUGCUCUAGCAUUUGAGUAUUCAGAUUGGGGUCUAGAAAAUAUUAUCGAUCUGAAUUUGGAAACCGACGAUAUUAUUGAAGGGGAUCAAUUGAUGAAUUUGGAAGAAAAGAAAACACUUCUGAACAGCCCCGUCGAUGAACUUGAAUGCGAUUUAAAUACUUUAACCACUCAUGAAUCAUCUGAACCGGAAAGUUCAGUUACUUGCAAUGAGAAUCAAGAAGAGAAUUCUAAGCAUAUUAUUGCUGGCGGGUUAUCAUCCAAAAGUUUAUGCGAGUCGUUAAACUCAUCAGUCGGAAACUUCAUUGUAGAACCAUAUACAAUUGACUGCAAGCCAAUGGAAACCAUGGAUUAUCUCUCUGUGUCAUCAGAUAUUCUCUCAUCUUGUGGAUCUUUCGCAACUGUUGACUAUGAUACCAAUGAUGAUGCUUAUGCGUCUUGCUCUGGAACCGGAUUAACAGAUUUCUCAACCGUUGACUUUGAAGACGUUAAAUACGAAAAGUUUGAAAGUGGUGCCGUUUACAAAGGUGGAACACUGUCUUUGUUUCCCAAGACGUCGAGAAGCAAGUCUUACAAGAAAAUGAUAAAAGAUGCUUUCAUGUCAAGAAAAAGGAUAACAAAGGAGUACAAGCAGCUGGCGAUUCGGUAUGCAGAUAUUGACAAAGAACUAUGCCAACCGAUACAGAGCAGCAAACCACCGGCCCAAGAUCUACCGGACUCUGAAUGGGAGCUCUUGUAGAUGAUAAUUUUGGUACCUCUGAAAUAUUAUCCUUGCAAACAAGUAAUGCACAAUUCUGCAGAUGUAGGUGAGAUAAAUUGUGUUUAUGAUGCUUCGCCUAAAAAUACAAAACUCUUAUUACUUUUCAAGCUUUCAUUUUGACUUUUAGGAGUAAAUUUUUUUAAUUUGAGUGAAAAAGUGUAUAGAUUCUUUC